AUGUUUAGAAAACAACAAAUUAUUCAUAAUAAAAUAAUGUUUAUGGUGAUUAUAAAGUAUGCAAUUACUAUUUCAAAGAUUUUUUAUUAUUCCUCAAUGUUUGAAGGUCUUAGUGCACCCUACCCUGCUCAUAAAAUAUCAGAACAGAUACAAGUAAUUGAAGUUGGAAGUUUUUACUACUUUAUACAUUUGUCGUCGUAUCUGGAGAAUGGAAGCAAAUUAACCAAAAUGUUUGAACGUUAUUGGUUAAGCAGAAUCAACUAUAGUCAAUCUGGUAAAUUAUCAUUCAAUAGUAAAAGAAAACAAUUACAUUUAGGUCAAUGUAAUACCGAUCAGGUUAAAAAGGAAACUCAGUAA